GCACGCACGCACUUGUCGAGUGUUCGUGUGCGCAUACGUACACGAGUAUUGUGUGUGCAUGCGGGCUUGUGCACUUACCGUACGUGCGUACGUACGUGUACUGCGCUGGAAACGCACACGCGCUCCGUACAAAACGCCGUUGCAUCGCGACGUCGCCGCCGCCGCCACCGCCGCAUGAAGAACCCGUGUGCACUACGUCGUCGCUGGCCGUGUGCGUACGCCGGCGGUCGGUCGGUACGCGCGUCGGGGAGUGUACCGUACGGACGCGUGUGAACCGGGUGUAAGACGUGCGCGGACGGUGCGAGCAUAGGACACGGAACGUGUCAGCGGAACGGCACAGCGAACAGUCGGCGACGGGGAAAAAUAGUUGAAGGGAAGAACGGUUUUUGCGGGAGAGAGAAAUCCAGUCGAAGGCCGGUUGGCAGGUACGCACACCUAGAAUAUCAAAAGCUGCACUCGCGGGUACGACCGUGACGGUUUAGAGGAAUUCGAGGAGUACAAUUAUUCGCGUUUUAAUAUCGUAAUAUCGAUUUGUCGACCGUGGACGACCGUCUCUCCUCCCCCCCACGUGGGCCCACGCGGUCCGUCUGCUACCCCUGCGCGACGUCCGGUCGUUAGCAGUUCAGGAAAGCGCAAUGCAGUGUGUAGCCGCGGGCACGAAUCGCGUCGUCGCGUUUUUAGUUUUCACCGAGUCGGAAAACGAGCUCAAGCGGACACAGUUUUCGUCGCUUUUGGUGUGUACAUAAAAACGGCUACAGUGCGCAAAACGGGCGGUGGUGUGUAUCACUGCGCUCGUCGUUGCAGUUUUUAUUAUCACCGCGUGUCCACACACGCGCACAUAUAUGUUACCGAAAACUGUGCGAACGGUGCACACCAGCGAGAUGGACAUGUUUUCCAAAACUAGCCAACUCCCGAAAAAACAUCACCGGUGUAUUUCGCUGGAAACCGGGCAGACGAUGACGAAGAAAUCGUAUCCGAAAACGCCGUUGGACCUUCCUAGAUUUUUUCCACGGCGGUAUUCGACACCGGAACUGGCGAUGAGGAAACACGCGCUGAAACACUUGCGCGACAACACCGACGAACAGCCGAUAUCGAACAAAUCGUGUCAAACCGACAUCCUGGGACUGGACAAGUACUUGCAGCGGUCACCGCCGGCGGACGCGACUUCACAGGGUUCGGCCGAUCGGUCGGCGGCCGCGUUGAGAGCGUACCGGAAACCGUUGAAAAAGCCCAAAGUGCGGUCGGUGGGCGUGCACUGCGAGCGGCGGCGGUUAACGUUCGCUGCGUUCAAGGGCUGCCAGAAGUUUAAGCACGUGUACAAGCGCAAGAUCUCGCUGCCGCAUCCAUCGUCGGCCACGUACACGUCGACGGACGACGGCCGCCAGGACAGCGGAAUGCUACCGAAACUGCGGUUGGACCGAACGGAUACAAUGGAAAGGCCGGCAGCCGCUAAGGCGGGUCCGGCGGUGAAAUUGCCGCGGAUAUCGACGAGGGACACGACCCGGCCGGAAACGGAUCGGACGGACGACGGCUGCCGUGGUGGCAACGGCGGCGGACGAGGGACGAGACUGGCCGAGCUGAGCCGACCACGGUCCACAGGAAGCGGCGGAAGCAGUAGCGGUGACAGGAAGUUGGCUUACUUCCGGGUCAACUCGGCCCCGAAAAUCGACUCCCGGUAUUACACGCUGAUCGCUGCACCGCCACCGCCACCACCACCGCCACCACCGCCACCACCGCCUCAACCGUUAACGAUGCGCGAACAACAGUCGACCGCGGGGUCCAGCGACACGGCCGACACCGCGCUGGAUAUGUCGCACCUGGAGCACCAGCAAUCUGACAACGAAACCACGAUCACGGCGACCACGGCCACGGCCACGACUACAGUGGGAACAGGUUCGAGCACGAGAACCGUCUCCACGUCGACCACAUUUUCCGAACCUGUUUUCCCGAUCGUGUUCAGCUGCGAGAGCGUGCUCCGGCAUCCGCUGGACGGCGGUUACUUGUCACACACCGAGAGCCACCGAUUCAGCGUUCACUACGUGCCGUUGGAGGACGCGGCUAGGGCGGUGGCCACUACCGCCACGGACACGGACGACGGGUCGCGGUCGUCGUCGCUAGUGUUCACGUCGGCGGGCGCGUGCCAAAACGAACAGUGCCCGACCGGCGACUCGAUAUCCGUAGUCAGGGUGUGCGGCGAUCCGGACUCGGCGACCACCGUGUCGCGGUAUACGCCAUCCACGUACGCGUCCACGGCGGACACGGCGGUCGAACGUCGGCUGGUCGUCGAACGCCUGCAUUGCGAUGGGACUGGUGCCGCGGACGAGGAUGCGCCGUCCAAUCGCGUCGAGGAUGAUGCGGUCGCGGUGCAAAAUUCCGACGGAAAGUAUCGGCAGCCGGUGGACGGCGAGCGGAACAUCAGGCGAACGGGUGGUUAUUACGUAUUGGGAAAAGGAGACUCGGUGCACGGGCACGUAAACAUGUUCGGAAAGGCCGUACCGCUGACGGGAACCAAUAAAAAUAUUGAUAGUUCCGGCGGUGACGGGGGAGAGGAGGUCGUUGCUACUACGUUCGAAUCGCACGCACACGCGGACGACAUGCCAUUAUUACGAUCCGACGAGCAAAAUUACGAGCGGUUGACACAGAACCAACAAAUAAUAGACUCCGGCCGUACCGUUUCACUUCAGUCGCCGACGAUAUUUGACGGCACGGACGAGCAGCGCGAAAUCGAUCUGAAACCAUUGCGAGGAAACGACGAGCACGCGACCGAGUCUAGUGCGUCGUACGCGGAAGUCUUUGAUUCAACGAAACAAUCCACGGACAACGAAUCUCCAAAACAGUCUACGGACGACGACGAUUUGACGGACAACGACGAGUCGUCAAAACGAUCGAUUGACUCUGCGAACGAGCGAUACGACGACCCGACGGCGAGGGCGAUCGACUAUCUCACCGUUCCGACGGACCGAUCAAUCGAGGGGAGCUCAAUCAUGGCGUCCCGCAGUUGUAACCCAUACAGUGAGUCCGUAGGGAAACACGCGACCGAGAGGAGUGGCACUUGCGGCGAACAUUCGUCCAAUAAGUGGCAGUCGCACGGCGAACCUACGGACAAACGGAACUACGGAAACACGGCUAGCAAACGGAACAUGCCGAAGCGACUACACGACGAUGUGAGCCGAAAACGAGAGGAUGAACGUGCGGCGAAAGCGACGGAACGAAUGUCUCAUUCGCUACCUACGGCAUCGAACGCGGGCCAUCGUCAGCAGCAUCGCGGUAAAUCUACCGAAAACGGCGGACGGUUGGCGGAUUCAAAUCAACCGCGUGCCAGUAAAACGGCGUCCGAACACACUGCUAGCAAUCAUCGCUGCGGGCCUCUGACGAACCACUCGGACAGUAAGCGCGUAGUCGGCGCCGGUCGGCAGGAUGCCGAUCCUUGUGUGCAUGUUGUCGUUGCCAAACGGCAUAGUCGCGCGGAUGAGGAAGACGCGAACGCUUGCAGCCGGUGCACGCACAGAAGCCAAUCACACAGAAACAACGAAUCGAAACGUGUCGAUCCGGAGGACCAUCGCAGUCACCACGUCGGGCACUCGUCGUCGUACGACGGCGGUACCACUCAGUUGGUCAAACCGAAACGACAGUUGGAAUCGGUGGACGAGUGCGCGGAAUCGAAGGAGUCCAACUACGUCGGCGGGUAUCUCUUCGGUGAUUCGUUCUACAGAAAGCCGCCGCAAAAAUUCGACUCUAGCACCGAUCAGAGCCAUGGCAGUAUCGCGCGUUCCAAGUACAAGUACUACGACGACCCCAAGAAGGUUAACUUCUCGUCCGAACCCGACGACCAUCACUACGGUUACUACGAACACUACGCGCCAAAGACACGGCACAGCCCCAGGGACGACGAUUGCACUGUGUUCGCGGACAGUAAGGGGCACGUGGCCGAACACGCGUCUUACUACUCGCAGCUGGGCAAAUCGUCGUACACUGAUGCCGAUGGUGGCGGUGGUGGUGGUGAUGGCGGAGACGACAAGAACUCGGACAGCGACGAGAGCCUGACCGACAGCUUGGAGGACGGUAAGUGCGAGGGUGGAACGUCCGUAUCGUAUUUUCUGGCACUGAACGGCCAGAGAUCGGCGGUCACGUUCACGCUAAAGAUGCCCAACACACUGCAGAGCCGACUGAACCGACGUCAGAGCAUGCUCAAGAAGCACCUGCACGUGUCUACGACGGUGAGAAAGACGUCGGUGCGCGUCCGCAAGCGCCACAAGGGCUGCCAGACACUGUGGACAGAGGAGAAAGGCGUGCAGGUUCAACGGGGUUCAACGGCCAACGCAACCCGGAAGUCAAUCGCCGACGACCGCAAAGUGCUGGAGACAUUACUUGCUGGAUUGGAACACCACCACGUGUCGGAAAAUCAAAUACGUGUGGUCAAUGGCCAUAAAAUGGUGUCCGAGGGCAACCAGACGGAAAAAGUGCCCGAACCGCCUACCGACCGGCAUACGCAAACGCAUGUGUCCCAAACAAAUGUGGCCGCUGGACCCGGAACGCCAGAGAAACAUAGCCGGGUCCAGUCACAUGUGGUGAAGAAGUUUUCCUCGGACAACGCAUUAAUGGUGGGAGUGGUCAGACAAAACAAGUACAAGGGCAAGGAAGCAUUGGACGGAACCAAAAAUGAUCAGCUGCUUACGUUGUCCAAGGGUUGGAUCAAUUUUUACACUCUCAGGGCAGACAGCGCGGAUACCACUGACACACUAGAAUUGAAUGCUAACGACGACGAAGUCAAACACGAUGAUGACAAUCAGCAAUAUACAGUGCACGUACAAGCCAUUCCUGAACCAAUGGCAUUACCUGUUGUCCAUGUUCCAGCUAGAAAUACUUUACAAGUACCGAAGACGUGUUCUACGACAAAGCAUUUGCCUAGACUCGUGCAAACGGAAUCCAACAAUAAUCAUCAUUGUUCGUCGCAUUUAGCAACAGACAACGGUUGGUGUGUAAGUGUAGAUGGUCCAAACAACAUGCACAUGAAGGUCUCAUUAUUACCAGAUAAGUCAGACGUUAAAGCAUCGGAACAUUUCGACUUAAAUGAAGAAAAUAAACUAGAAGCCAGGAGGUUAGCUUUACAACGUAAGAACAACUAUAUGCGUAAGCCAUGUAGAAAUAUUAAAAGAACACAAUCAACGCCAAGGGACAUGUUCUCAGCUGAUGUUUCUCGGACAGAAUCUGCAUUGUCAGCCGAAAGUAAAUACAUAGAAACAAUUGACACACAACUAUUAAUUCACAAAGCUCGCAGACGUUUGAGUCAAGAAUGGGACACAAGAAUUCAAAAUGGAGGUGUAACUGAAUCGGUUCAAUUAGUCGUAACAGGUGAUUCGGUUUCAAGUAGAACAUCUCAGCAUUAUGCAACCAGAGGACAUCAACAUUGCUCAUUCAGAAGACAAUCAAGAAGAAUUUAAAAUUAAAAUAUUUUAAAUAAAUUAUUAGCAUAAAAAUUAUUUUUUUUGUACAAGCAGAAAAAUUAG